GCGGCCAUCUUCAUGGAGAUCGGGAACAGCUAAGUUCUCUAGGAGGAAAUAAAAAAAAAAGGCUACAGGAAAAUGGCGGAACUGGGGACAUAAAUAUACUGAGCACUAGAGCCGAGGGGGGAGGAGGGAGUCGCAUCACUUCCUGACAGUGGGAAGCGUCCGAUCCGGGGUCCAGAGGCGUCUGAUCGUUGUGUGUUACAAGUCCAAUAAGGAUGGCAGAGUCUCUGGAUCUCUCACCCCCAGACAUUCCGGAAGCCAGCUUUCUAGAGAUCUUACUCCGCUAUGGACUGUUCUGCGGAGCGAUCUUUCAGCUCAUCUGCAUCCUGGCCGUUAUAUUCCCCGGAAGCAAGUCACAGGACACGGAACCUGAUGCUUCGGAGGUAAAAAGCACAGAUGUGUUGAGAAAACCCAAGCUGGCCACUGUGACGGCUGGUAAAAAGCAGAAGAAAGAGACCAAGAAGAAGAGGUGAAGGAGGUCGCCCCCUGCUGUCAUUUCUGAUAACCUCAGCCGGACUCAUCACACUUUUCACAUCUCACCUGGCCUGUCAUAACGCUAAUAUGGUCCAUUGUAUAUAUUUGAAUGCAUAAAGGUUUGUUUAAUAAAAUAGCAAAAAGUGCGAAGUGGAAUACCACGGUAGCCAAUCAGAAUCUUGUAACUUCAGUAAUAUGCGGUCUACCGUCUGUAAUGUGAAUUAUUUUUGGUGCUAUGGAUAAUGCACUGUGCACUUUGCUGCCUAUGUGAAUGAGCCUGAUUAUGAACAAAAGGCCUUUUACAUCAAAGGUCUCUGAACGUUUAAAGUCCAACGCAGGACAGUAUUUUUUUUCUUAUAUAAAAUAGUCCCCAAGGCAAUGUACAAAAAAAAAAAAAAG